AUAGAGAGAUACAUAAGGAGGCUGGCCUUGAGUCUCAGAGGAAAACAACCAAAAAGUGUUUCUGGGGAAGGCACAAGGCUGCUAUGGAGCCCUCAUCCCACCCAACCCUCCUCACCAAGAAAGGGAUGAGGAAGGAGAUGCAGAGGCUGAACAUGGAGCUGCAGCUGAUAACAAGGGAGAGAAAUGAGCUGCGGGAUCAACUGUUCUUCAUCAGGAAAGGACCCGUGCACAAUAGGUAUCUCUUGUUUCAACCUUCCUGGUGUCAAUCUUGCAUCUGUUUGUGUGUCCCUCCAGACUGUGGGAGCCAGGUGUCUAUGGUGGGCCUGAUGAUUUGUGUGUGUCACACUUCCAGGCCAAAUACUUGGUAUGAAGAUCUGAAGUUGGAGCACGAGGAGGUCAUGACUGACCUACAGAGAUUGCAGAAUGAGAACACUGAGGCUUCAGAGAAGGUGGAUGAGCUUGCCAAUCUGACAGUCUUCUAUCGUGGUCUGCACAGCCAGGUUCUAAUGGAACAUACUCAGCUUAAGGAGAAGGUAGCCAUGCUGAGGCAGGAGAAGAAGAAUCGGACAGAGGAUUGGGUCCUGCUGAAGCACCACUUGGAGGCAUUGAAAUUGAUCUGUAAGGACCAAGAGGAAGAGACCAGUGACCUCCAAACCCAGCAACAACAGGUAGGGGCAGGCAACCCCUCAAAAGGGUCACUUGACCCCAAAGGAGUCAAGACCCACAAGUUGAGAACUACUGCACUGGACCUUGGCACUGGGGGUCAGGAUGACUGACACAGAAAAUGACUUCCGGUCAAUAUAAGGACAAAGAGGAAUCUAGUGGGAACUUCCUUGGCUAGUAGAGAGGUGAAUGGCCAUCUAUGAGGUAUUGAUCGCCUGAAUUUGAGCUGUUAUAUGAAAUGAGACACACCAUGGGUUUGUGAAACAAGGACAAAUAAUAUAAAAUAUCUCAUUUGUAAGCUUUUAUGCUGACUGCUGUUGAAAUGACAUUUUGGAUUUGUUAUAUUAAAUAAAAUACAUUGGAUAUUCUA